GCGCUGAGAGAGGGGGAGGGACACCACAGCGCGCUUUUAACGGUGGAAAAAUAACCUGGAGUGACUCUGUCGGCGCACGGCCGUGAAGCGAGGCAAGCCGUGAAAAUGUCGCGAAACGUCGCAAAAGCGUCGCGCCGGCGGCGGGGCCCGGCGGGGCGGGACGGAGCGAUGGCGGCGCCGGGGCCCGGCGGCGGCUCCGGCGGGGCGGCCUCGGCAGGAGCCCCGGGAGGAGCCCCGGGAGGAGCCCCGGGAGGAGCCCCGGGGCCGCCCCCGGAGCUGCACCCGCGCUGCGGCCGCCUCGUGUCGCUGUCGCAGGGCGGCCGCAGCGCCGCCAGGGCCCAGCCGGGCCAGGAGUUCAACCACGGGCUGGUGCUGAGCCGGGAGCCGCUGAGGCCCGGCCGCGUCUUCACCGUGAGGAUCGACAGGAAGGUGAACUCCUGGAGCGGCUCCAUCGAGGUGGGCGUCACGGCCCUGGACCCCGCCGUGCUGGACUUCCCGAGCAGCGCCACGGGGCUGCGGGGCGGCUCGUGGGUGCUGUCGGGCUGCUCGGUGCUGCGCGACGGCCGCUCCCUGCGCGAGGACUUCGGGCCCGACCUGGACGCGCUGGCCGAGGGCGACCGCGUGGGCGUGGAGGCCACGGCAGCCGGCGAGCUGCGCCUGUGGGUCAACGGCCGCGACUGCGGCGUGGCGGCCGCCGGGCUGCCCCCGCGCGUCUGGGCCGUGGUGGAUCUCUACGGGAAAUGCACCCAGGUCACCGUGGUGCCCGCGCCCGACGUGCCGCCGGUGCCACCGGUGCCUCCACUGAUCACAGAGGUGACCCAGGAGGUGACCCGGGAGGUGGCGGAGGUGGGAGAUGAGAGCGGCGCAGCGGCGGCCCCGCCCCCGGCCCCGCCCCGGGCCCCGCCCCAGCCCCGCCCGGACACGUUCCCGAACAGCCUGGAGCCGCCGGGGGGCGCGCGCUCCCCGACCAACGAGGCGCUGCUGUUCCACGAGAAGUGCGGGGCUCUGAUCAAACUCAGCAACGGCCACAAAACGGCCGAGAGGCGGCGGCCGCUGGACGAGUUCAACAACGGCGUGGUGCUCACCAACCGGCCCCUGCGCGACGGGGAGAUGUUCGAGAUCCGCAUCGACAAACUGGUGGAUAAAUGGUCGGGGUCCAUCGAGAUCGGGGUCACCGCCCACAACCCCAACAGCCUCGAGUACCCGGCCACCAUGACCAACCUGCGCUCAGGGACGAUCAUGAUGAGCGGCUGCGGGAUCCUGACCAACGGCAAAGGGACGCGCCGCGAGUACUGCGAGUUCAGCCUGGACGAGCUGCAGGAGGGUGAUCACAUCGGGCUGACCCGCAAGGCCAACAACGCUCUGCACUUCUACAUCAACGGCGUGGACCAAGGCGUGGCCACCUCGCUGACGCCGCAGGUGGUGUACGGCGUGGUGGACCUGUACGGGAUGGCCGUCAAGGUGACCAUCGUGCACAACCACAACCACAGUGACCGCCUGCGCCGCAACAACGCCAUCCUGCGCGCCCUGUCCCCCGAGGGGACAGCGGGGACACCGCGCCACCGCGCCACUGCCACCGCCACCGCGGCCACCGCGCCGCCGCCGCGGCUCCUCUUCCACCCCAACUGCGGCCAGAAGGCGGCCGUGGUCAACGAGGGCCGGACGGCGCUGCGGCCGCAUGCCACCGAUGACUUCAACCACGGCGUGGUGCUGAGCGCGCGGCCCCUCGGGGACAACGAGCUGUUCCAGGUGCGGCUGGACAAGAUGGUGGACAAGUGGGCGGGGUCCAUCGAGAUCGGCGUCACCACCCACAACCCGGCGUACCUGCAGCUGCCAUCGACCAUGACCAACCUGCGCUCAGGCACGUGGAUGAUGACCGGUAACGGGGUCAUGCACAACGGCACCACCGUGCUGGACGAGUACGGCCACAACCUGGACCGCCUCAAGGCGGGGGACACGGUGGGGGUGGUGCGCAGGGACGACGGGACCCUGCACUUCUUCGUCAACGGGGUCCCCCAGGGCCCGGCCGCCUGGAACGUGCCCCCCAACGUCUACGCCGUGGUGGACCUGUACGGGCAGGCGGCACAGGCCACCAUCGUGGAGGAGGGAGAGGUGGCGGCGCUGGUUGGGGACAGCUCGGAGGGUGACAGCGGCGGUGGCAGCCCCGAGGGCGCGUCCCCGGGCGCGUCCCCGAGCGACCUGCGCUUCCACCGGCUGCACGGCGCCAACGCCGUCAUCACCAACGGCGGCCGCACCGCGCUGCGCCAGAACUGCCGCUCCGAGUUCAACGACGCCAUCGUCAUCUCCAACCGGGCCCUGCGGGACGGGGAGCUGUUCGAGAUCGUCAUCCAGAAGAUGGUGGAUCGAUGGUCGGGGUCCAUCGAGGCCGGUGUCACCGCCAUCCGCCCCGAGGACCUGGAGUUCCCCAACACCAUGACGGACAUCGACUACGACACCUGGAUGCUCAGCGGCACGGCCAUCAUGCAGGACGGGAACACCAUGCGCAAUAACUACGGCUGUGACCUGGACGCUCUGGGCACGGGGGCGCGGAUCGGGAUGAUGCGCACGGGGGGAGGGGACCUGCGCUACUUCAUCGAUGGCACCGACCAGGGAGUGGCCUGCUCGGGGCUGCCACCGGAGGUGUACGCCGUGGUGGAUCUCUAUGGUCAGUGUGUUCAGGUGUCCCUCACCGGCGCCUCCGGACCCACCGACAACAGCCACAGCCCGGGGGCGGGGCCUGAGAAAGCCCCGCCCCCUUCGCCAGCGCCGGGGCCGUGCCAGCGCUUCCAUGGGCGCUGCGGGCAGAACGUGGCGCUGGCGGCCGAGGGCCUGAGCGCGGCGCGGGUGGCCGGCUACUGCCACGGGCUGGUGUUCAGCCGCUCCCACCUGCGCCCCGGGGAGCUCUUCGAGGUGCGCAUCGAGGCGCUGGAUGAGCGCUGGGCGGGGUCGGUGCGGGUGGGGCUGACGGCCCUGCCCCCCCCCGGCCCCCCCGCCCUGCCCCCCUCCCUGCUGGACCUGCCGGCCGCGCCCACCUGGGCGGUCAGCGGGGCCGAGGUGCGGCACAACGGCGCCCAGGUGCGCCACAACUACGGCGUCAGCCUGGACCGCCUCGCGGUGGGGAACCGUCUGGGCGUGCGCCGCGGCGCCGACGACUCGAUGCACCUGGUGGUGGACGGGCAGGACAUGGGGCCCGCGGCCACCGGCGUGGCCAAGAACGCCUUCGUGGCCCUGGACCUGUACGGGCGCGUGACGGCCGUGUCCAUCGUCAGCGCGGGGGGAGGGGCGGGCGGGGCCGGGGACGGCCCCUCCCCCACCCACAGCCCCUCCCCCACCCCCUGCCCCUCCCCCUGCCACAGCCCGCCCCUCCCCCACCCCGGCGGGGACGGCGCAGAGUGGGGUCCCCCCCGGUUCCUGGGCUGCCACGGCAAGAACAUCCUGCUGUCCAACGGGGGCCGCACGGCCGCGCGCGUCUCCAGCUACAACCAGGGGCUGGUGCUGGUGGGGCCGCCCCUCCCCCCCGGACGCCUCUUCCAGGUGCAGAUCGACGCCCUGAACCCGCAGUGGAGCUCCUCCCUGGCUCUGGGGGUCACCGGGGCCCCCCCCGGCCGCGCCCCCCUCCCGGCCUGCGCCCACGGCCUCAAGCGGCCGGCCUGGAUCCUGCAGCGCCGCGGCGUCUUCCACAACGCCAGGAAGGUCCGUGACCUGCCCGGCCCCUCCCUGGAGCUGCUCCCCGCCGGGACGAUUUUGGGGCUCCUGGUGGACGGGGGGGGGCGGCUGCACCUCUUCAUCAACGGCCGCGACCAGGGCGCCGUGGCCGGGGGGGUGCCCAGCCCCUGCCACGUCCUGCUGGACCUCUACGGGCAGUGCCAGCAGGUGACGAUCGUGACCGAGGGUCCGGCCGGGGGGGGCUCCCCCAGCGGGGACCCCCGAAAUCGGGGGGACGUGGAGAAAGCCGACGUGGUGGACGGGGUGAAGGAGAGCCUCUGUUGGGGUCCCCCCGCGCCCCCCCAGCCCUGCCCCUACCAGGCGCUCUGUGCCCGCUUCAAGGACCUGCUGCUGCUGCCCGAUGAGUACUUCGCCCCCGAGCCGCGGCGCAGCCGCUGCUUCUGUCAGGGCUGUGAGCGGGGGGGGGGCGACCCCCGGGACCCCCGGGAGCCCCCCCUGCCCCUGGGCUGGUGCCGCUUCAGCCUCCGGCCGAAGCCGCGGCCCGAGGGGGGCGGGGGGUGGCAGAAGUGGCCUCGGGCCUAUCACGGCACCAGCGCCGGCGCCGUGCGGCGCAGCCUCGACCGCGGGGAGCUCGUGCCAGGCCCGUGGUCGCUGCUCAGCGCCCCCUGCCGGCCGGAGCCGCCUGGCCCCGCCCACCCGCGCUCAGGCCCCGCCCCCCCGGGCCCCGGGCCACGCCCCCCCGGCCCCGCCCCCCUGGUGCUGUCCCCCGCCCUCGGGUACGCCGCCAUGGAGCCGUUCGCCAGCCGCGUCACGUUCCGGGAGCCGGGCUGGCCGCGGCCCCGGGGGGCUCAGGUGGCCUUCGAGGUUUGGGUCCGUCCCGGCUCCUUCCGGGCCGGGCCCCCCUCGCUGAGCCCCCCCCCAGCCCUGGAGCCCCCCCAGGGGCUGGACCCCGCCCAGCUGGAGUGGGUGACCAAGGAGCCGGGGGCCACCGUGCUGGCCGGGCUGCUGGUCCGCGUCGACUGAGCCCCCGAAAAUGGGAGAAAUCACCUCAAAAAUGUGGGGGGAAUCACCCCAAAACUGUGGUGGAAUCGCCCUGGAAAUAUGGGGGGAAUCGUUCCAAAAAUGGGGGAGUUAUCACCCAGAAAUGGGAGAAAUCACCUCGAAAAUGUGGGAGGAAUCACCCCAAAACUGUGGUGGAAUCGCCCCGAAAAUUGGGGGGGAAUCGUCCCAAAAAUGGGGGAGUUAUCACCCAAAAAUGGGAGAAAUCACCUCGAAAAUGUGGGAGGAAUCGCCCCAAAGAUAUGGGAGGAAUUGUCCCAAAAAUGAGGGAAAUCGCCCUGAAAAUAUGGGAUAAAUCACCCCAAAAAUGGGAGAAAUCGCCCUGAAAAUGUGGGGGGAAUAGUCCCAAAAAUGGGGGAAUUAUCACCCAAAAAAUGGGAGAAAUCGCCCUGAAAAUAUGGGGGGAAUUUUCCCAAAAUAUGUGGGAAUUACCACCCAAAAAUGGGAGAAGGUACCCCAAAAACUAUGGAGGAAAUCACCCACAAAUGGGAGAAAUCACCCCAAAAAUGUGGAUGAGUCACCUCGAAAAAUUGGACGAGAUCACCCCAAAAAUGAGAGAAUUAUUAUCCAAAAAUGGGGGAAUUUUUGGGAAAAAUUGGGGGAAUUCCUUCAAAAAAAUUCUCACAAAAAUAUGGGGAAAUUCCAUGGGAAAAUGGGGGAAUUCUGUCAAAAUUUAGUAGAAUUUCAUCAAAAUAUGGGGAGAUUUCUCCCCAAAACAGGAAAAUUUCUCCAAAAUUUCACCAAAAA